UCAUUACGUUGUAUCUAUUAUUUUGUCAUAUAAUUUUCUUUUUUUUUUAAUUUGAUAUAACUCAUCUUAUCGCAUUUAUUUAGUUUCAUCAAGCAAUUUUUUGCAAUUUAAAAUGGAUUUUAAAACAGUUGAUUUUUAUUGUAGAAACAUGAGGAACGUAAGAGCGUUCCCACCAGCAGACCAAAGAAGACUGUCCUGAAGGUCAAGACAAAGAAAGCUCGGAAUGUAGGUCAGACAAGUUACGAUCCUACGAAGCUGGAGGACAGUCCGGCCCAGGUACUGGAACGCUUCAAGAGGGGUUGCGAAUGCGACGAUCAAUGCUUCAAGGAUCUGAAUCCUGAAGUAGUCUAUCGGCAUAGGCUGAACAUCGCGGAGUUGACUAAGGCCGAGCAUGACAUGUAUUUGAUGGGCGUGACGAUGGCCUGUUUGACAGAUCCCUAUCAGACCGCCCGGCACACUGAGCGACGCAGACUGCGCGCGCAGUACGUCUACCAAGGUCGCAGGGUGUGCUUGGACGCUUUCUUGUACUUGGAGAACUGUACGCAUUACCAGAUCAAACGGAUCCGGAAGCACCUGAUAACACAUGGCGUGACGCCGCGCGUGCAUGGUAAUCACGGCAAGGUGCCACAUAACACGUUCUCACUGGAUAUAUACAAAAUUGCGACGGAGUUCCUGAAGAACUUUAUCGAGGUGCAGGAGACGAAGCAGAAGACCAAGCUCGUGAAAAACGCGCCGCUGCAUCUGCCUCCGGACGUCACGCGGAAAACCGUGCACGACCUGUACAUGCAGUACUGCAAGAAGGUGUCGCCCAACGUCAAGAAUAUGGGCUACUCGACGUUUCGGCGAUUCAUGAAGGUGCAGUUUCCGCAGGUGAAGUUCGCGAAACUUGAGUUUAUCAUGAGAAAGACUGAGCAGAAUCAUUGUACGGUCGAAUCCGACGCGAGGGACGAUACGGGCCAACGUAGAUCACCCAAUUCGGAACCUGCAGAAGCUCCGAAAGGUAGCACGAUACUGCCGCUGGUGAUAACCGGCGAUUUAGGACAAAACGAGACCUACAUAUUGACGCCUAUCAGAAAAUUGCAAGACUGCACUGUGAGUUACCAGGUUACUACACGCGGGCUGAUAAUUAAUAGUCCCGCUAUCACAUUACCGAAAACGAAAACGAUAUAACGUGGAAGACUGUAAGAACAAAAUAUGAAAAUAGUUUUAUACAAAAUGAGAUGUUUGUGAACAGACGAAUGUGAUAUAUGCCUACUCAGCAAGGCUAUAAUUUCUCCAAUGCUCUUUGUCCUGUAUUUAAUUAAAUUGAGAAUUUAGUAAUAUUCCUACUGUUCUGUUCGAAUUUAUACGAUCAUAUUAUUUCGGGAAUAUGAUAAAAAAACUCUAAAAAAUAAAAAUUGUACAGUUAAAAAACAUUAAUAAGGUUGUCAAAAAUACUAGAGAAAAGUUUUAAAAUAAAAUACACACACUCACAUACACAUACACAUUUUGUCAAACCCAACAGAACAGUAGAGAUAUAUGCAGAGUGUUCUUGGAUUUUCAUAGAAACUUUAACACAGAGUUAUUCCUAAAUAAGUACAAAAAAAUGAAAA